GCAUACGUGACUGCUGCUACUUUCAGCGUCGUAUCGACCCCUGUGUUGUGUUUGAUGGAUCGCCCCAUGCCACACUAACCUACCGACCGAAGGUUCAAGACAGAGACCACAGGUGGCCUUAGCUGGAAGAGCUGCCCCCCUUCUCUCCUCCUCCUCCUUCUCCAUCUCCUCCUCCUCCUCCUCGGUCCCCGGGUUCAGGACCGUGGACAGCUCCUUGUCUCCACCCUCAAACCACCGCGUGCGCUCCGGAGGGUCAAACGCGAGUGGGACAGCCAGAGGUGUACAGCACCCUGAACACAUGACAGACUAUACAUUUGGGGACUUAACCUCUCUCAUUUUCUUUCGGAUGUGAAAUCUCUUAGGAGUCAGGGGAAAAACCACGGAAGCACGAUGAUCUCACGAUAUAAACCGAGUCCUGGCUCCACCAUGUCCUUGGCAUUCUGUGGGAACGAGAAUAACUCGGCGGCUUACAACGUGGAUGGCGGGGUCCUGAACAACGGCUGUUUCCUGGACGCUCUCAACGUGGUGCCACAUGUUUUCCUCCUCUUCAUCACGUUUCCAAUCCUCUUCAUUGGUUGGGGCAGCCAGAGUUCAAAGGUCCACAUCCACCACAGCACCUGGCUUCACUUUCCCGGUCACAACCUGCGCUGGCUCCUCACCUUUGUGCUACUCUUCAUCCUCGUCUGUGAGAUUGCUGAAGGCAUCGUCUCUGAUGGGUUCAGCAAAUCCCUCCAUCUGCACCUAUACAUGCCUGCAGGUCUGGCCUUCAUGGCUGGCAUCACCUCUAUUAUCUACUAUCACAACAUAGAGACCUCCAACUUCCCCAAACUGCUAAUAGCCCUGCUAAUCUACUGGGUGCUCGCCUUUAUCAUGAAAAUCAUCAAGUUUGCCAAGUACACCGAGCAUGGCAUCGGCCCCAGACAGCUACGCUACUGCAUCACCGGACUGCUCAUGCUGCUGUACGGACUCCUGCUCGCUGUUGAGAUCAAUGUCAUCCUGGGCAGGCGCUACAUGUGUUUUGACGACCCAAUGGAGGUCAAGCCACCAGAGGACCUCCAAGACCUUGGUGUUCGAUUUCUGCAGCCAUUCGUCAACUUGUUGUCCAAAGCCACCUACUGGUGGAUGAACACCUUCAUCACCACCGCUCACAGACGACCCAUCGACCUCAAGGUCAUCGGCAAACUGCCCAUAGCAAUGAGAGCCCUCACCAACUAUAUCAAGCUACGCAGGGCCUUCGAAGACCAGAAGAGGCCCCAAGGCACAUUACCCCAGAGCCCAAAGCUGAUCUGGCAGGCGUUGAGGAAAGCAUUUGGCAAGCCCCUCAUCCUCAGCAUCACAUUUCGCUUCCUGGCCGACCUCCUGGGCUUCGCCGGUCCUCUCUGCAUCUCUGGCAUUGUCCACCACAUCAGCAAGGACAACCGCACAAUUCAGCCGCCGAUGAAGUUACUGGGGAUCUAUUUCAUUUCCUCCAAAGAGUUUCUGGAGAAUGCGUAUGUGCUGGCUGUGCUGCUCUUCCUCGCCCUGCUCCUGCAGAGGACCUUCCUGCAGGCCUCUUACUAUGUGGCCAUCGAAACAGGCAUCAACCUGCGUGGGGCCAUACAGACAAAAAUCUACAACAAGAUCAUGCGUUUGUGCACCUCAAACAUGUCCAUGGGCGAGUUGACCGUUGCUCAGAUAUGCAACCUAGUUGCCAUAGAUACCAACCAGCUCAUGUGGUUCUUCUUCCUCUGUCCUAACCUGUGGGCCAUGCCAGUGCAGAUAAUUGUGGGAGUGAUCCUGCUCUACUACCUCCUGGGAAUCAGUGCCUUGAUUGGAGCGACCAUCAUCGCUGUGUUAGCUCCUGUACAAUACUUUGUGGCCACCAAGCUGUCCCAAACACAAAAGAGCACCCUGGAAUACUCCAGUGAACGCUUAAAGAAGACCAAUGAGCUGCUACGGGGCAUCAAGCUGCUGAAGCUGUAUGCCUGGGAGAACAUCUUCUGUGACAGUGUAGAGGAGAUGAGGGGCAAAGAGCUCACCAGCCUGCAGGCCUUCGCGCUCUACUCAUCUUUAUCCAUUUUCAUGAAUGCAGCUAUUCCCAUUGCAGCAGUUUUGACGACGUUUGUGGUUCACGUGCACAUCUCAGAUGACGCUGAUCUAUCCCCAGCUGUGGCCUUUGCCUCUCUGUCCCUCUUCCACAUCCUGGUCACCCCCCUCUUCCUGCUCUCCAGUGUGGUGCGCUCCACUGUCAAGGCUCUAGUUAGUGUUCAGAAGCUCAGCGAGUUUUUCUCAAGUGACGAGAUUGGAGACGAACAGGAGCCCAGAGCGACGUUAACCUCUGGAUCCAGCAAUCACAACCAAAAUAAAUAUCAGGCUGUGUCAUCCUCUAAACAUUUCCCUUCGUCCUCCUCCUCCUCUUUAUUCCAACACCUCCAGCCCCUGAAGGUGGUGAACCGGAAGCGCCCCCCGAAGGAUGACUGGACUAACUACAGCUCACAGGGGGAACAUGAGGGCAACGGGCUCCCCCAGGACGUGGACCAAGACACCUGUAUCAAGAUAACUAGCGGUUAUUUCACUUGGACGGACGGACCAGCGACACUUUCUAAUGUAGACAUAAAGAUUCCUUUUGGUAAGGUGACCAUGAUCGUGGGGCAGGUGGGUUGUGGGAAGUCGUCUCUGUUGCUGGCAGCGCUGGGAGAGAUGCAGAGAGUAUCAGGAACAGUCAGCUGGAACAGCCUGCCAAACCUGGAGUCCGAGGGAGAUGAAAGCCCCACAGACAGAGAUACAGAAGGUGAUGGAGACAUCAGGAAGAGAGGCGCUGUGGCCUACGCUUCCCAGAAGCCCUGGCUGCUGAAUGCGACGAUGGUGGAGAAUAUCACCUUUGAGAUGCCCAUGAUAAAACCCAGAUACAAAGCUGUCAUAGACGCCUGCUCUCUUCAGCCAGACAUCGACAUCCUUCCACAGGGGGACCAGACAGAGAUCGGGGAGCGGGGAGUCAUCCUGUCAGGUGGACAGAAACAAAGGAUCAGUGUAGCCAGAGCGCUGUACCAGCAGACCAGCCUGGUGUUUCUGGACGACCCAUUCUCUGCUUUAGACAUCCACCUGAGUGAUCAUCUGAUGCAGGAAGGCAUCCUCAAGCUGCUGAGGGAGGAGAAGAGGACGGUGGUACUGGUCACACACAAACUACAGUAUCUACCACACGCAGACUGGAUCAUAGCCAUGAAAGAUGGCACCAUCCAGACUGAGGGGACUCUGAAGGACAUCCAGAACUCUGAGCCUGAACUCUUCGAGCAGUGGAAGACACUGAUGCACAGAAAGGACAAGGAUUUUGAGAAGGAGACAGUGGCAGCGAGUAUGACCGAUCUGGAAAGAAAAAAUCUGCGAAGGGCAAUGUACUCCAGAGAGGCUGUCAGGACUGAAGAUGACGAGGAAGGUGGCACCUCUGCGUGGACUUGUGCUAUGGCUCCAGCACCAGCUGCUGCACUCAUUUUCGAUGGAGCAGAAGAAUCCGUGGAGAGUGACGACGAUGACAACCUGUCUCAGGUGAUGCGUCAGCGUGCAACCAUCCCCUGGCACUCCUGUGGAACCUACCUUUCCUCUGCUGGGCUCCUGCUGCUCACCCUGCUUCUCCUGUCGCAGCUCCUCAAACACUCACUCAUGGUUGCCAUUGACUACUGGCUGGCACACUGGACUUCUCGCGUCAUCACGGCCAAGCUCGAGGCCACAGCUCAAAACUGUACUGUUGUUCAGGACUGCGGCUUCAGUCAUUCAUGGUAUCUGCUUGUGUUCAGCGGGCUCUGCUGCCUCUGCAUCGUCCUGUGUCUGGCCACCUCCGUUGCUGUGGAGUGGACCGGCCUAAAAGUGGCCAAGGAGCUCCACCACAACCUGCUCAACAAGAUCAUCCUGGCUCCUAUGAGGCUUUUUGAGACGACUCCUCUCGGCAGCAUCCUCAACAGAUUCUCCACAGACACUAACACCAUCGACCAGCACAUCCCCACCACCCUGGAGUGCCUCUCUCGCUCCACCCUGCUGUGUGUAUCUGCUCUGGGCGUCAUCUCCUACGUGACCCCUGUCUUUCUCUUCGCCCUCCUGCCGUUGGCCGUCACCUGCUACUUCAUACAGAAAUAUUUCCGUGUGGCCUCGAGAGACCUGCACCAGCUUGAGGACAGCACCCAGCUCCCUCUACUCUCCCACUUCUCUGAGACAGUGGAGGGUCUCACCACUAUAAGAGCCCUCAGGUACGAGCCGAGGUUCAGACAAAGGCUCCUGCAGUUCACUGAUGCCAACAACAUCGCCACGCUCUUCCUCACAGCAGCAAACCGCUGGCUGGAGGUCCGCAUGGAGUACAUCGGAGCCUGUGUGGUGCUGGUAGCAGCUGUGGCCUCCAUCACAAACUGUCUCUACAACCGGCUGUCUACCGGUCUGGUGGGGCUGGGACUGACCUACGCACUCAUGGUAUCAAACUACAUGAACUGGAUGGUGCGUAACCUGGCAGACAUGGAGGUGCAGCUCGGAUCAGUCAAAAGGAUUAAUGGCCUGCUUAAAACUCAACCGGAGAACUAUGAGGGGCUGCUCACUGUGUCUCAGGUCCCUGACGGCUGGCCCCGACAGGGAGAGAUCCAGAUCCAGAAUCUGAGUGUCCGGUACGACGCUACGCUGAAGCCUGUGCUCAAAAAUGUCAACGCACACAUCAGCCCUGGGCAGAAGGUGGGAAUCUGUGGCAGGACCGGCAGCGGCAAAUCCUCGUUCUCCUUGGCCUUCUUCCGCAUGGUGGACAUGUUCGAGGGGAGGAUUGUAAUCGAUGACAUCGACAUUGCCAAGCUGCCACUGCAGACCCUGAGAUCUCGACUGUCCAUCAUCCUGCAGGAUCCCUUUCUGUUCAGUGGGACCAUCCGGUUCAACCUGGACCCAGAGAUGAAGGCUACAGAUGAGAUGCUCUGGGAGGCUCUGGACAUCGCUCAACUGAAACAGGUUGUUAAAUGUCUUCCAGGAGGCCUCGAUGCCAUGGUGACAGAGGGAGGAGAAAACUUCAGUCAGGGUCAGAGACAGCUCUUCUGCCUGGCCAGAGCCUUCGUCAGGAAGAGCAGCAUCCUCAUCAUGGACGAAGCCACAGCAUCUAUCGACAUGGCAACGGAGAGCAUCCUGCAGAAAGUGGUGAUGACUGCUUUUGCUGACCGAACAGUGGUUAUUAUAGCACAUCGCGUCCACACCAUCCUGAAUGCUGACCUGGUGAUUGUGAUGAAGCGAGGGAUCAUCCUGGAGUACGACAGACCCCAGGCCCUGCUGGACAAGGAGGACAGCGUCUUCACCUCCUUUGUACGAGCAGACAAGUAGCGUCUGAGAGGAGGAGAGAUAAAGAAAUAUUUAAGACAUUCAAAGUGCAAUUGUCUCAUGGAAUAUAUUCCUCGUAUUUUUUAACCAUGUUGUAUUAUAUUUGUACAUAAAUAGUAGAUUCUUUGUUAAUAAAACAUAAAUUAUCAUUGAUUUGUCUGUUAUUUGGAGUUGUUUCGGAU